AUGAACCAAAGGAAAAGAAAGUGCAAGUCUAAUGCUAGGGCGUCCCCCGUAAGCGACGAUAAUGCGAAUUAUGCGACUCACCUGGAGAAUAAUCAUGCUAGGGCGUACCCCCAAAGCGACGGCAAGGACAAAAACUCACGUUCGCAAACAAAUAUAACACAGCUUAGACUUGCAACAUGGAAUCUCGGCACGAUGACCGGGCGCAGCUACGAAAUCAGCGAAAUUCUUAAAGCUCGACACAUUGAUGUAUGCUGCGUCCAAGAAACUAAGUGGAAGGGGUCGAAGUCUAGGGACAUUGGGAAUGACUACCAACUUAUAUACCAUGGCACCAGUACUCAAAGAAACGAAGUAGGCAUAAUCUUGAACCCGCACCUAAAGCAGCGAAUUAUCAAAAUCGAGAGAAAGAGUGACAGGCUUAUUAUGAUAAAACUUGCACUGGACAACCAACAGCCGCUUAAUAUUAUCUCUGCCUACGCACCUCAAGUAGGCUGUCCAAAUCAAGAAAAACUGAAUUUUUGGGAGGACUUUGAUGAGAUCAUGCAAGACAUUCCACCCAACGAAUACACCCAUAUAGCAGGAGACCUAAACGGACACGUCGGGGAAAUUUCACAACAUUACGACGCCGCCCACGGAGGUUAUGGAUAUGGAUCUGCAAACCAACAAGGUAUUACUAUAAUGAACUUUGCAAUUAAAUAUAGUUUAAAGAUUGUCAACACCUGCUUUAAAAAGAAGACAGAACAUCUCAUUACCUAUAAAUGUGCACAACACAGCACACAGAUCGACUACAUAUUGACAAAUAACAACAUGAUCAAACAUUACAAAGAUUGUAAAGUCAUCCCUGGAAAUGCGCUCACAUCACAACAUAGGCUACUUGUAUCAAUCAUGAAGUUACCCAGACCUCUUCAAAUCUACGUUGACCGCAGUGAACGCAUCAAGUGGAAAGAGCUACACGGCCCAAAGAAAACAAAAUUCUUCGAUAAUAUUCUUGCGUAUCUAGAUAACGACAUUAAAAUGACAAAAUCUGCAAACCAAAUGUGGUCAGACUUUGAAGAAUUUUGUCAGAAGACAGCCAGGCUUAACCUAGGAGUAUCACGGGGAAACAUACGGGCGAAAAACGAUACAUCUUGGUGGAAUGACAAUAUUAAGCAACUCAUCCAUGCUAAGAGAGAAGCCUUUAAGAAGUGGCAACAAACAGACUUGAAUGAAGACCAUGCUGACUACAAAAGUCUUAAAAAGAUUGUGAAAGCUGCGGUGGCACAGACUAGGGCGGCUUCAAACGAAAACUUCUACCAGAGACUUGAGAAAGCUGAAAAUGAGAGGGAUAUAUACAAAAUAGCCACGCAGAGGCACCGAGCAACUCUCGAUGUGAAAUCCAACAAAUAUAUAAAAGAUAAUCACGGCAAGCUGCUCACAUCCCAUAAGGAAAUAAGCAAAAGAUGGAAGGAAUACUAUGACCAUUUAAUGAACGAGGAAUUCCCAAGCGAAGACUUACCAUAUAUGCCUUCCCUUGCUGGACCUAUAGAUUGUAUAUCCCCUGAAGAAACCAAAAAAGCUCUCUUAAGUAUGAAAUAUCACAAAGCUACUGGACCAGACCAGAUACCAGCGGACAUCUGGAAAAUGAUGAGCAACUCCGCAUUACCUUGGUUAACGCUGCUUUUCAACAGAAUUUUAACUGAAGGUGAAAUUCCAGACUCGUGGCGUAACAGCAUACUGUGUCCAAUAUAUAAAAAUAAAGGUGAUAUAUCCGAAUGUAAUAACUAUAGGGGGAUAAAACUUACGUCACACACCCUAAAAAUCUGGGAAAGAAUUGUUGCCUCCCGUCUGAAAGCCCUUACUAGCACAUCAGAAAAUCAAUUCGGCUUCACAUCUGGAAAAUCGACCACCGAUGCUAUCCAUAUACUCAGAAUGUCAAUGGAAAAACAUCGAGCAAAUAAGUAA